GGCGCUGGUCGCGCCUGCGCUUUGGUUCUUGGAAGGCGGUGCUCUGGGAAGCCGGACGACGCGGCAGCCGCUCUUCAAAGCGGAGCCGGGAGUUUUUGCUACAGUUGUCGCCACCAUGAGUCGCAGCUAUAAUGAUGAGCUGCAGUUCUUGGAGAAGAUCAAUAAAAACUGCUGGAGGAUCAAGAAGGGCUUCGUCCCCAACAUGCAGGUUGAAGGUGUUUUCUAUGUGAAUGAUGCUCUGGAGAAAUUGAUGUUUGAGGAAUUAAGGAAUGCCUGUCGAGGUGGUGGUGUUGGUGGCUUCCUGCCAGCCAUGAAACAGAUUGGCAACGUGGCAGCCCUGCCUGGAAUUGUUCAUCGAUCUAUUGGGCUUCCUGAUGUCCAUUCAGGAUAUGGGUUUGCUAUUGGGAACAUGGCAGCCUUUGAUAUGAAUGACCCUGAAGCAGUAGUAUCCCCAGGUGGUGUCGGGUUUGACAUCAACUGUGGUGUCCGCUUGCUAAGAACCAAUUUAGAUGAAAGUGAUGUCCAACCUGUGAAGGAGCAACUUGCCCAAGCUAUGUUUGACCACAUUCCUGUUGGGGUGGGAUCAAAAGGUGUCAUCCCAAUGAAUGCCAAAGACUUGGAGGAGGCCUUGGAGAUGGGGGUGGACUGGUCCUUAAGAGAAGGGUAUGCCUGGGCUGAAGACAAGGAGCACUGCGAGGAGUACGGAAGGAUGCUGCAGGCUGACCCCAAUAAGGUUUCUGCAAGGGCUAAGAAAAGAGGCCUUCCUCAGUUGGGGACCCUGGGAGCAGGCAACCAUUAUGCAGAAAUCCAGGUUGUGGAUGAGAUUUUCAAUGAGUAUGCUGCUAAAAAAAUGGGCAUCGACCAUAAGGGACAGGUGUGUGUGAUGAUCCACAGUGGAAGCAGAGGCUUGGGCCACCAAGUAGCCACAGAUGCGCUGGUAGCUAUGGAGAAGGCCAUGAAGAGAGACAAGAUUAUAGUCAAUGAUCGGCAGUUGGCUUGUGCUCGAAUAGCUUCCCCAGAGGGCCAAGACUAUCUGAAGGGAAUGGCAGCUGCUGGGAACUAUGCCUGGGUCAACCGCUCUUCCAUGACCUUCUUAACCCGUCAGGCUUUUGCCAAGGUCUUCAACACAACCCCGGAUGACUUGGACCUACAUGUGAUCUAUGAUGUUUCUCACAACAUUGCCAAAGUGGAGCAGCAUGUGGUGGACGGAAAGGAACGGACACUGUUAGUACACAGGAAGGGAUCCACCCGCGCUUUCCCUCCUCACCAUCCCCUCAUUGCUGUUGAUUACCAACUCACUGGACAGCCAGUGCUCAUUGGUGGCACCAUGGGAACCUGUAGUUACGUUCUUACUGGCACUGAACAGGGCAUGACUGAGACCUUUGGGACAACCUGUCAUGGAGCGGGCCGUGCAUUGUCCCGAGCAAAAUCUCGACGUAAUUUAGAUUUCCAGGAUGUCCUAGACAAAUUGGCAGAUAUGGGAAUUGCAAUCCGUGUUGCCUCACCCAAACUGGUUAUGGAAGAGGCUCCUGAGUCCUAUAAGAAUGUGACAGAUGUGGUGAAUACCUGCCAUGAUGCUGGAAUCAGCAAGAAAGCCAUUAAACUGAGACCAAUUGCUGUGAUAAAAGGAUAGAACCUUGGACAGCAGGGCUGCCAGACACCACCAACCCUCUCUGAAGUGGAAGUGGACUGACAUGCUCUUCUGACAUCAGACUCAAGGCGGGACAAGUUGCAAAGUGUGCAGCUGUAACUGCUCAUGCGAAAAUGGCUGACGGGGAGGCUGCUGCUUUCAGGGGCCCGUGCUGUAAAAUAACCUUCCAGGAAGAGGCACAUUGCCCACCUUUGGAAAGGGAGGAAUAUGCCUUCUCCUUGGUUGUUCCACAGAGUUUUAGGAAAAUCUGUUAGGGAUGGGUGGGUGUCAAACUGCCUUACGCAGUCAUACAAAUCUUUAGCCAUUGGAUUGAUCUUCUUUACACCAAACUCUGUUUACAUUCCGAGAGGUGUCAUGAAGAAAGUUCUGUUAAAUAAGGUUUUGGAAUGUUUC